UGUUGCGAAGAGAUUGCCUUCUUGCCCGUUGAAUUUCCGUCUGUCUAGAAGGCUAAAAUUGCACAGCUUUAACCAUGAUUUCUUUCUUGGUGACGUUUGCAAGCUUUUUAUUUGAUUUUGGUUUAUCAUUGCGGUUCAGAAAGGCAGAAACCAUAUCCAGGAUGACUUGAGGCAUGACUUCGUAAACUAUUAAGUUAAGUAGAUUUGUCGUGGUGAGACAGUUUUCUCGUGGGCUGCAGCGGCAAGUACGCUGUAUAAAUUCAGAUUAACAAGGAACCAAUUGGUUACAAUAGGAAUGAAUAAUGAACAUUGGCCAACUGUUAACAUCAAGCACAGAUAACAGAGAAGACAAUGAGUUCUCAUAUUCUCGAAUGCACCAUCUGUUGACUUCCAUGGCCAGGCCACCGGAGUCUGUAAAUAAUGGCGCAAUUAAUUCUUACAGCUUCACUAAUUCAAAGUUUGAGGGCUCAUUUUUCCCUUCAUAUAGUAAUAUAACUAUGGAAAUCGGAAAUUUACAGAAGGCUCUCAAUUUUUCUGUAGACACACUACCUAAGACCAGCACUCUGACUUCAGCUAUCUGGAAUAACGAAGGUAGAACUUGUCAGGUACUCACAGACAGUGGGUACUUAUCAAAGGCUGAUAGUCAAGGAACUGAAGAUCCUACACAAAGUACCUCAUCCUCUAGCAAUAAAAUUAAUGGAGCUCAAGGUCCAGCUACCUUGGGUUUGGAGAACUUUUAUGAAUUAAAAAUUAACCCAAAGACUAACCAGUUUGACUCUAGGAGAAAUUGCCUAAAUUCCACCACACUGUAUGAAAAAAGCCUGAAGACCACAUUGGAUGAGAGUGAAACAAAGAGAAUUUUGUUAUUGGAAAAGCUCAGGGAAGCUCACCUUACCAUUCAGAACCAAGCAAGAAAACUGGCAGGGACAGAAAGUGAAAUCUGCCUCUUGUGUGGUCAGCUUAAAAGCAUAGCAAUUCAGCAUGAGGGACUGCAAGAGGAGAUAGAUUGUUUAACCAUAGAAAAGAAGACCCUUGAGUUGUUUAAAUCAGAGAGCUUAAAAAAUCAUGAAGCAUUUCGGAUAAGAGUGACUGAUUUAGAGAAAGAGUUGAAAGUAUUGACUACAACUCACAAAAACUUGGAAGAUGAGGCUAAAAGAAAGGGAACUGGUUUAGAGAAAGCAACCAGCUAUAUUGUCACCCUACAGGAAGAAAAUGACAAACUCCAAACGGAUUAUAAACAACUUUUAGAAGAACAUGCAAACAUUAAACUUCAGUUGUCGGAAAGAAUUAAAAACACUAAAGAGGCAAAGAACAAACACCAUCAACUAAAACAGGAAAUUAUGCAGCUGAGAAUGGAAAGGGACUUACAAUGUGGAAAAGUGAGUAUUCUUGAGGAGAAGAUCUUGAAUCAACAGCAAAACCAUAACAACAUGAUGAAGGAACAGGACAGACUGAUGAAGGAUAAAGCCGAGCAGGACCAGAAAAUUCAGAGAGAAAUUCAUGAUAGACUCUGCUUGAAAAUGGUCAAUGAUCUUCUAAAAGAGGAGUCAGCAAUUGUGAAAGAUGCAUUUCAGAAACUUGAAGAGUUUGUCAACUCUUUGGAGCAGAGCUCAAAAAGUAUGAGUUAUGAACUGGAGCAAUGUAAACAGGAAAACCUUAAAAGUAGUGCAGGAAAGGUAAAUGAGAAACACUGGAAUGAGGACUUUGUGCUGAAGAUUCCAAGUGCCAAGAGUCAUUGUGAAGAAUUAGAAAACCAAAUUGCAUCUCUGAAGGAAAGAAAUAUAAUGCUGAAGAAGGAAAAGGAGGAAAAAGAGAGGCAGCUGCAGCUAAUGAAAAUGUGUAAAGAGACCAUUACAAAACAGAAUACACCCGAAGAGUCAGUGUCAACAAGUGAAAGUCACAAAAAAUGCAGUAUUCCUUUCUUGCAAGAGGAGGUGGACAAAAUCAAGGAAAAUGUAAUAAGGUUAGAAUCGGAAAAAACUGAGCUAACAACGGAACUUCACAAGCUGCAAGAAAAGCAACAAGUAUGGUCACUUCAAAGGAGUGAACUGAGAAUGACACUGGCCGAACUUAGAGCAGAGAAUAGUCAACUCAGGGAUGAAUUGAAAACAAGGCCUGCUGUGAAUGGGAUAAUCGAUGUCAGAAGAAAGCUUGAACUUGAAAAGGAGGAGGCAGUAAACAAGGUCAAAGAGGAUAUGAAAGUGUCUUUUGAUGAAGUUUGCCUUGAAUUGAAGACUGUGAAAUCAGAACUCAGUAAAAUAUGGGAAGUGCUUGAAAUUAAGGAUAAACAGUUUGAGGAACAGUCACAGGAGUUAGAAUAUACGCAUCAACAGGUUUUGACUCAAGACAGUAACGGCACGAAAGAUGCGCUGAUAAAGAAAGUAACUGACUUUAUUACUAAAGGUAGCACGGAAAGCCGUAAAACUCUUGAACAGUAUUGGUCAAUACAGUAA